AUGGGCAACCGUGGCAUGGAGGAUCUAAUCCCGCUGGUCAACCGGCUGCAGGAUGCCUUCUCCGCCAUCGGCCAGAACGCGGACCUCGACCUGCCGCAGAUCGCCGUGGUGGGCGGCCAGAGCGCCGGCAAGAGCUCGGUGCUCGAGAAUUUCGUAGGCAGGGACUUCCUGCCCCGAGGAUCUGGCAUUGUCACCCGACGCCCCCUGGUCCUGCAGCUGGUCAAUGCUGCCACAGAAUAUGCCGAGUUCCUGCACUGCAAGGGGAAGAAAUUCACCGACUUCGAGGAGGUGCGCCUGGAGAUUGAGGCUGAGACCGACCGGGUGACUGGCACUAACAAGGGCAUCUCUCCGGUGCCCAUCAACCUCCGCGUCUACUCGCCGCACGUGCUGAACCUGACCUUAGUGGACCUGCCCGGAAUGACCAAGGUCCCAGUGGGGGACCAACCUCCCGACAUCGAGUUCCAGAUCCGGGACAUGCUUAUGCAGUUCGUCACCAAGGAGAAUUGCCUCAUCUUGGCCGUGUCCCCAGCCAACUCCGACCUGGCCAACUCUGAUGCCCUCAAGGUCGCCAAGGAGGUGGACCCCCAGGGUCAGCGCACCAUCGGGGUCAUCACUAAGCUGGACCUGAUGGACGAGGGCACAGAUGCCCGUGAUGUUCUGGAGAACAAGCUGCUCCCGCUGCGCAGAGGCUACAUUGGAGUGGUGAACCGGAGCCAGAAGGACAUCGAUGGUAAGAAAGAUAUCACGGCUGCCUUGGCUGCUGAACGCAAGUUCUUCCUCUCCCACCCUUCCUACCGCCACUUGGCUGACCGCAUGGGCACGCCCUACCUGCAGAAGGUCCUUAACCAGCAACUGACAAACCACAUCCGGGACACACUGCCAGGGCUGCGGAACAAGCUUCAGAGCCAGCUGCUGUCCAUUGAGAAGGAGGUGGAGGAGUACAAGAACUUCCGCCCUGAUGACCCAGCACGCAAGACCAAGGCUCUGCUGCAGAUGGUCCAGCAAUUUGCUGUAGACUUUGAGAAGCGCAUUGAGGGCUCAGGGGACCAGAUCGACACCUAUGAACUGUCGGGGGGAGCCCGCAUCAACCGGAUCUUCCAUGAGCGCUUCCCCUUUGAGCUGGUCAAGAUGGAGUUUGACGAGAAGGAACUCCGAAGGGAGAUCAGCUAUGCCAUCAAGAAUAUACAUGGCAUUAGAACGGGGCUCUUUACCCCAGACAUGGCCUUUGAGACCAUUGUGAAAAAGCAGGUGAAGAAGAUCCGAGAACCGUGUCUCAAGUGUGUGGACAUGGUUAUCUCGGAGCUAAUCAGCACCGUUAGACAGUGCACCAAGAAGCUCCAGCAGUACCCCCGGCUGCGGGAGGAGAUGGAGCGCAUCGUGACCACCCACAUCCGGGAGCGCGAGGGUCGCACCAAGGAGCAGGUCAUGCUCCUCAUCGAUAUUGAACUGGCUUACAUGAAUACCAACCAUGAGGACUUCAUAGGCUUUGCCAAUGCUCAGCAGAGGAGCAACCAGAUGAACAAGAAGAAGGCUUCAGGGAACCAGGGACUUCCUGCCCCCCCUCCCACCCUCCAGGUCAUCCGGAAGGGCUGGCUGACCAUCAACAACAUCGGUAUCAUGAAGGGAGGCUCCAAGGAGUAUUGGUUUGUGCUGACCGCCGAGAAUCUGUCCUGGUACAAGGAUGACGAGGAGAAAGAGAAGAAGUACAUGCUGUCGGUGGACAACCUGAAGCUGCGGGACGUGGAGAAGGGCUUCAUGUCCAGCAAGCACAUCUUUGCCCUCUUCAACACGGAGCAGAGGAACGUCUACAAGGAUUACCGGCAGCUGGAACUGGCCUGCGAGACACAGGAGGAGGUGGAUAGCUGGAAGGCCUCCUUCCUGAGGGCUGGCGUGUACCCCGAGCGUGCCAGUGAGACGGAGGAGAAUGGCUCAGACAACUUCAUGCACUCCAUGGACCCACAGCUGGAGCGGCAGGUGGAGACCAUCCGGAACUUGGUGGACUCAUACAUGGCCAUAGUCAACAAGACCGUCCGCGACCUCAUGCCUAAGACCAUCAUGCACCUCAUGAUCAACAAUACCAAGGAAUUCAUCUUCUCGGAGCUGCUGGCCAACCUGUACUCGUGCGGGGACCAGAACACACUGAUGGAGGAGUCGGCCGAGCAGGCGCAGCGGCGCGACGAGAUGCUGCGCAUGUACCACGCACUGAAAGAGGCGCUCAGCAUCAUCGGCGACAUCAACACGACCACUGUCAGCACGCCCAUGCCCCCGCCCGUGGACGACUCCUGGCUGCAGGUGCAGAGCGUACCGGCUGGACGCAGGUCACCCACGUCCAGCCCCACACCGCAGCGCCGAGCCCCCGCGGUGCCCCCAGCCCGGCCCGGGUCGCGGGGCCCUGCUCCUGGGCCUCCGCCUGCUGGGUCCGCCCUAGGGGGGGCGCCCCCCGUGCCCUCCAGGCCGGGGGCUUCCCCUGACCCCUUCGGUCCUCCCCCCCAGGUGCCCUCGCGCCCCAACCGCGCCCCGCCCGGGGUCCCCAGCAGGAAGGGCCCAGCCUCACCUACGCGACCUGCGGUCCCCCGACCAGCUGAGGCUCCCCUCUUAGACUUAUAAGCCUGUGGCCACUGGUAUCCAGCCGCCUGCCCUCCCUGCCUCCCCAGGGUCCCUUUAGAGGACUCCUGGGCUUUCUGCCCACCCAGAGGGGCCUCUAGUGCUCCCUCCAGCCAUUCUGUUAGCUUUGCCCUCCUGGUUCAAACAGUGUUCUUUCUCCUGUCUUUCUCCAUCAGGCCUGGUGGCUGUCUCGUGGGGCUCACGGCCCCAUACUCCCUGAGGCUAGGGAUGGCCCUGCGCCAGUGGGUUGAAAGAUGGGGCCCGAGAAGAGGGAAGCCAGAGGGGGCCGAGCACGUGUCUGGAGCUGUGGGUGCACUGCCUGGUGGUGUGUGAGAGACCAGCGUGUGUGGAGGGGUGGGCGCUGCCCCAGCCUUUACCCCAGACCCCAGUGAGGCUCUGGCCCCUGCCCAUCUCCUGCCCUUCCACCUUCCCUUUCUCGUCUCUCUUCUCUAUUCCAGAACGCUUGCCCACCCCUGGGUCUUCUGCCCCGCCCUCCUCUCCCCCGACUGCCGGGCUAGGCUGCCCUUGCCUUACCAGUUCUCUCCCCCUUUUCUCUCUCCCGUUCUCUCUUUGCUUUCUCUCCAACUGCCAGCCGAUCGGGUCAGGCAAGUCCAUCCCGACCUGAGAGCCCCAGGCCCCCCUUCGACCUCUAACCAGAUCCCUCCUAUUCCUCGGAGACCUCCCUUUCCAAGCCUGCCUGGACGGCUGUUCUGUGACUUGACAGUGGCUACCCAGCCCCCGAGCUUCCCCUUCAUCUGUGACUUAGUCUGUUGUAGUGGUGAGCUGACACAUCCAGGCGUGACGUUGGUGAAACUUGUGCCCCUCUGUGGUCUUGCUCCUGCCCAGUUCUAUAAAUAUCUAUAAAUACUCAUAUAUAUAUAUAUACACACACAUAUAUGGCCAAGCCUCACCUCUAGUGUCGGGAAUCAAUCACCAUGCUGUCCUUGAGGAGUCCUGUGGCCCAACUACAAGGGAACGCCGUCACCCUGACAUCCCCCUCCAAAGCGUGCCACCUCUGAUGAGCCCCCCCGUCGUACCCAGCCUGUGGACAGCCAGCCCCCCUCUGCCGCCCUCCCGUCCCUACCCUCCCUUGCACACGGGGGUGCUGUACUGGCAGCUGUGUAGUUCUCUGACCACUACCAGUCUUGCUGUCUCUUGGCUGAGAA